GAUCCAGCCUGCACCCUUCAGACGCAGUGCCAAUGGCGCAGUGGGAAAUGCUUCAGAGCCUUGACAGCCCUUUUCAGGAGCAGCUGCACAACCUCUACUCCGAAGCCCUCCUGCCAAUGGUUGUUCGACAACACCUGGCUGCCUGGAUUGAAGACCAAAACUGGCAGGAAGCAGCGCUGGACAAUGACAAUGCCAAGGCCAACCUGCUCUUCUUCCACUUUCUGAAUGAACUGAACUACGACUACAGCCCCUGCAGCACAGACCCGGAGAGCCUGCUGCUGCAGCACAACUUGCGAAAAUUCUACCGGGACAUCCAGGUCUUUGCCCAAAAUCCUACAGAACUGGCUGGGAUGAUCUUUAAUCUCCUUCAUGAAGAAAAAAAAAUUCUGAUCAAAGCACAGAGGGCUCAGUUGGAGCAAGGAGAGCCAGACCGCAGAGCGCCGGUGGAGAGCCAGCAGCACGAGAUUGAAUCCCGGGUCACGGAGUUAGGGACCAUGAUGGAGAUGCUGGUGAAGUCUGUCAGUCAACUGAAAGACCAGCAGGAUGUCUUCUCCUUCAGAUAUAAGACCCAAGUGAAGACAGCCUCUUCAGACUCCCAUCACAUCCGACAGCAACAGCUUCUGCAGGAAACGCUGAAUGAACUGGACAAACGGAGAAAGGAGGUGAUGGACGCUUCCAAAGCGCUGCUCGGCCGGCUGACCACUCUCGUAGAGCUGCUGCUCCCCAGGCUGGAGGAGUGGAAAGCCCAGCAGCAGAAGGCCUGCAUCGGGGCCCCUGCGGUCAGCAGCGAGCAGGUGCUGGAACAGCUGGAGCAGUGGUUCACAGCUGGAGCAAAGCUAUUGUUCCACCUGCUGCAGCUGCUGAAGGAGCUGAAUGAACUGAGCAUCCUUAGCUAUGAAGGCGACCUGCUAGGGGAAGGGGUGAAGCUGCUGUGGGCCCAGGUCACAGAGCUACUGCAGCGUCUGCUCCACAGAGCCUUUGUGGUAGAAACUCAGCCCCAUAUGCCCCAAACCUUCCAUCGCCCCCUCAUCCUCAAGACUGGGAACAAGUUCAGUGUCCGAAUCAGGCUGCUGGUGAGACUCCAGGAAGGCAAUGAGUCACUGACCACAGAAGUCUCCAUUGACAGGAACCCUCAGCCGCAAGGCUUCCGAAGAUUCAACAUUCUGACCUCAAACCAGAAAAUGCUGACCCCCCAGAAGGGGCAGAGUCAGGGCUUAAUUUGGGACUUCAGCCACUUGACGCUGGUGGAGCAACGUUCAACUGGUUCGGGAAAAGGCAGCAGUAAGGGGCUGCUGGGUGUGACAGAGGAACUGCACGUUAUCAGCUUCGUGGUCAAGUACACCUACCAGGGUCUGAAGCAGGAGCUGAGAACAGACACCCUCCCCGUGGUGAUUAUUUCUAACAUGAACCAACUCUCAGUGGCCUGGGCCUCAGUUCUCUGGUUUAAUCUCCUCAGCUCAAAGCCCCAGAACCAGCAGUUCUUCUCCAGCCCCCCCAAAGCGCCCUGGAGCUUGCUGGGCCCCGCUCUGAGCUGGCAGUUCUUCUCCUACAUCGGCCGAGGUCUUGACUCAGAGCAGCUGAACAUGCUGAGGGAGAAGCUGUUUGGGCAGAACUCUAGGAGAGAGGACGCACUGCUGUCCUGGGCUGACUUCACCAAGCGAGACAGCCCGCCCGGCAGGCUGCCAUUCUGGACCUGGCUAGACAAGAUCCUGGAGCUGGUGCACGACCACCUGAAGGACCUGUGGAACGACGGCCACAUCAUGGGGUUUGUGAGCCGGAGCCAGGAGCGUCGGCUGCUGAAGAAGACGGUCUCCGGCACCUUCCUGCUGCGCUUCAGUGAAACGUCGGAGGGGGGCAUCACCUGCUCGUGGGUGGAGCACCAGGACGACGAUAAGGUGGUCAUCUACUCUGUGCAGCCCUACACCAAGGAGGUGCUGCAGAGGCUCCCCCUGACCGAAAUCAUCCGUCACUACCAGCUGCUCACUGAGGAGAACGUGCCCGAGAACCCCCUGUGCUUCCUGUACCCCCGAACGCCCCGAGAUGAGGCUUUCGGUCACUACUACCAGGACAAAGUUAAUCUCCAGGAACAGAAGAAGUACCUGAAACACAGGCUCAUCGUGGUCUCUAACAGACAGGUGGAUGAGCUACAGCAGUCCCAAGAGUGCAAGCUGGGCCCAGAAGCGGAGUCGUUAGACCUGGAUCUGGGGCUGGCACCGGGACAGGAGCCAGGGGCAGGCCUGGAUUUGGAGCAGAUAUUGGCCCCAACACUGAAGCUCACACUGGGGCCCACGCGCUGUGUGGGAUCCCCAGAAAGGUUGGAGCCAGACCUGGGAGCCCAACUGACGCCGGAGUCUGUUCUGGAGCCUUUGUCAGGGCCAGAGGCAGAGCCAGACCUGCCCGCUGACCUGAUACACUUGAACACUGAAGAGAUGGAAAUCUUCAAAAGUGACAUGAAGAUCGAGGAGAUCAUGACCAACGGCGACCCACUGCUGGCGGGCCAGGGCGCCGCGGACGAGCAGUUCGCCUUCCACUCCAGCCACUUCUGCACGGAGGGGCCCUUGGUUCCUUCCGACUACUGAGAACUGCAUUUCCUCUGCUCUCCCCGUAUGUCUUGCCCCGUCUAGCCCUACGCCAUCACGUUGCUCUCCGAGGAUGGGAAAUAGGCAUGUGUCCCCUAAGGGGUUAUCCUGGAGUUUAACGAGUAGUAAAAACAGUGUGGGUGACGGGCCUCCCCGGUGCGCAGGGGUUAAAGCGCAGCGCUGUGACGCUCGAUCCUGGCCAGGGAGGGACCCCAGGGCACAGCAGAU